AUGGCGUUAGGUGCUGGUCUCGCCAAUGUUGGCCUCCGGAUGGGCUCGCUCGUCUGUUACAUCUUCACCUUUAUAUCUUCCAUUAUUGUCACUGCCGUCGUGGGCAACCUUUUGCAAAAGUUUUCGAACCGAAACGUUCAAAUUGUGUAUAUGGAAGUCAUUGCCGUCAUUUCCAUGGUCGUUUACCUCGUUGGAUCGAUUGCGCCAUGCCUCCCCAAGUAUGGAGGACUCUUGGUCCCUGUCCAUCUUGUCUUCAGCUAUCUCUGGCUCACAGCAUUCAUCUUUGCUUCGUUGAGUUGGAGCCACAACCGAUGCCGCAAUUCAUUCCCCGCCCCUGGUAACUGUAGCAAGAAGCACGCAAUUCAAGCAUGGCUUUUCAUUGGAUUCUUCUUCAUCUUGUGCAACCUGAUCAUUGAACUCUUCCUCAUCAGAGCUCACCGACGAAAUACCGUCAACGAACCCAGGCACCAUCACACCAAGGAGCGACCUGAUUCCACCAUCUCUGGAGAAACUGGUACCACUGCACCUCCACCUGUCGCAGCUCCACAGCACACAGCUGCCCCAGCUGUCUAA